AUGGGGCUUCAAGGGGAUAAGGCGACGCACGACUUCCUCUCGCUCUACACCGCCGCCAAGGACGCCGCCCUGCCGCUCCCACUGCCGCUGCUCCAGGAGUCCAAGCUGCCGCCGGCGCCGGCGCCGACGCCGACGCCUCCGUCUCAUCAAGGUUUCUUCCUCAAGACGCACGACUUCCUGCAGCCGCUGGAGAGGCCACCACCACCGCAGUCUCCGCCGCCGCAAGCCCCCGCCGAGAAUGUGCUUCACCAGCACGCGCUGCCCGGCGGCAUCGGCACGUUCAGCAUCAGCCACGGCGGUGCGGCAGCCGCCGUGAAGCAGGAGCAGCAGCAGCCGCAGCCCUUCGCGCUCUGGGGGCAGCCGGACCCUCGAGGUCACCCGUGGUCGCUCCCCUUCGCCGCGCGCUGCGUCGCCGUCGCCUCCGCCAGGCCGCAGCAACCCCAGCCCCAGCAACAGAGGCCGCCGGAGCGGAAGGCGUGCGGCGGCUUCAUGGACGCCGUCUCCAGAUCCAGCGGCGGCGCGGGAUUCGACGACGACGACGGCCUCGCCGCCCGCCGCGAGGUCUCCUCCUCGCUCAAAGACCUCAGGGUGGAGGCUAAGGGCGGGAGCUGCAGCGGCAGCGCCGGGACGGACCAGCUACCCAACACGCCACGCUCUAAGCACUCCGCCACGGAGCAGCGAAGGCGCAGCAAGAUCAAUGACAGGUUUCAAAUACUUAGAGAAAUUUUGCCACAAAAUGAUCAAAAGCGAGACAAAGCAUCAUUUCUUCUAGAGGUCAUUGAAUACAUAAGGUUUUUGCAAGAGAAAGUAGAAAAGCACGAGGCUUCACAGCCAGAGUGGAACCAAGAAAAUGCAAAGAUCAUGCCGUGGUCUAACAUCUACUUCCGGUCUUCCUGGAAAAAUUCACAGAACAAGGACGAAAUAAGCGGAGAUCCGGCCUCUGAUCCAUCAGAAGUCAUAAAAAAUGGCUCCUCCCCACGGUUUCCUUUUGGUGCAAAGCCUGAGGACCUUAACAGUGCAGGUGCAUUUGAAGAUGCACAGGAACGGGUGGAACCAAAGGGUUGUGUGCCUUACAAACAAGAUGAAACUCCCAAUAAUGUUACAGACAAUGUCGCCUCCCAGAAAGCAACGCAAUUGACAAAUCCAUCACCCUCAGACGACUUGGCAGGCCACAACGGAAUGCCGAACAACCCUGAACUGGCAAUAGAUGAGGGGACAAUCAGCUUGUCAAGCCAAUAUUCCCAAGGCUUGCUUACUACCUUGAAUCUUGCGCUGCAAAACUCGGGCAUAGAUUUGUCAGAAGCUAGCAUCUCGGUUCAGAUCAAUCUUGGCAAGCGGGCUAUCAAGAGGUGCAAUCCUGGGUCAAACUCCACUUCCAAGGAUCUCAUCAACCAAGCGUCUCGCGAUCAAGAAGACGUUGGGCAGCAGCUAAUAAGCCGUCUCUUUCUCUCUGAAGAUGGCACUGCCGCCGCGCUGUCACACACACUGAAGCAAGUAGCAGGCAGCCAAGGCAAUAACGCAAGCGGAGUGGCGUCUGCCGUGUGGCGCACUAGCACGGAAGGAAGGAAGCGCCAGCGUGCCCUGCAGACCAACCCGUGCCGUGUUGGCAUUGAUGUGUGUGUUGAGACUUGGCGAGUGCCGAGUGGAGUCCACGCCUCCACGGCCGGGACGGCAGAAAUCUCGCAUCGCAUGAUGAUUCCCUGGGACGACCUCCUGCUCCUCCUCCUGAUACCGGAACUGGAACCCUUGGAAGAAAGCAUGUGA